UGGGCACAGGUGGGUGGCACUGCUGGGCACAGGUGGGUGGCACUGCUAGGCACAGGUAGGUGGCACUUCUGGGCACAGGUGGGUGCACUGCUGGGCACAGGUGGGUGCACUGCUGGGCACAGGUGGGCGGAGCUAGUGGGCGCACUGCUGGGCACAGGUGGGCGGAACUUGCGGGCGGCACUGCUGGGCACCGAUCAUCAGGGCACUGAUCAUCAGUGCCCUGAUGAUCGGUGCCGAUCCCCGCUCUGACAACUGCCGGUUCUCGGCAGUACUUUCCUCACGAUCUGACAGCGUGAGGAAAGUGCAGCCGAGAACCGGCACUUGCAU